AUGUCUCCACUUCUAAGAAGCGUUAUUGAUAUCGCUGAAAUUUUCGAUCACUACGCCUCACGUAGUUGUGAUGGAGCAUCGCUAAGCAAGAAAGACCUGAAGAACCUCCUUGAAAGGGAACUUGGAACUGUCCUUCAGAGACCACAAGACCCUGAGACCGUAGACCUGAUCCUAGAACUUCUGGAUCGCGACUCCAACGGGCGUGUCGAUUUCAACGAAUUCCUCCUGUUCCUUUUCAAGAUUGCUCAAGCUUGUUAUUAUGCUCUCGAUCAGGCCUCAGGGCUAGAUGAGAAGAGGAACGUGUCACAAGAUCGCAGGCAAGAAGACCAAAGGAGAGUCGAGUCCCGGGACGUACAACGGGACGAAGAACUAGGGCACCAGAGCAGGCAGAAGAGACUUGAGCAGGAGGAGCAGAGGAAGAGGCAAGAGAGACUGGAGCAGGAAGAGCAAAGACGAGAACUGCAAGAACUGGAGGAGCGCCUUGCAGAGAAAGAGCCGCUAAGCUGGAGCCAGGGUCCUGAUACUGAGGAGUUUUCUGAGGAGGAGAACUUGCGAGAGAGGCAAGAACUCAAGAGCAAGGACCAGACCGAAGAGAGGCGGUUGCAGAAGCGCAGGCGAGAAGAGCUGAGCGACCCCCAGCUGAGGCGCGACCCCCAGCUGAGGCGCGAGCAGGAGCUGGUGACUGAGGAGGACCAGCAGACGCGGCUCCAGGAGCCCGACGACAGCUUCACCCAGAGGUGGCAGAGGCAGCUCGAAAGCGAGGCGGAAGCCCGUCAGAACAAAGUCUACUCCAGGCCUCGCAGACAGGAGCCGGAAGAGCGUCAGCUGCAGGAGCAGGGGCAGCGCCGCGACCUCCGACGGCAGCGCGCUGCUGAGGAGGAGCGCCUGGAGCAAGAGCAGCGGUUCCGCGAGCCCCAGCAGCAGCGAUCCCAGAGGCGCUAUGUGGAGGAGGAGCAGCGCUUCCGGGAGGAGGAGCUGCAGAGAGCGGAGCUCCAGGACAGCCUCCUGGAGGAACGCCAGGGGCAUCGCCAGCAGGAGCGCCGGGAGCUACGUGAGGAGCGGCUGCUGCAAGAAGAGGCGCAGCAGCGCCGGCAGCGGGACAGGAGAUACCUCCAGGAGGAGGAGCGGCUGCAGCAGGAGGAGGAGCGGCUGCAGCAGGAGGAGGAGCGGCUGCAGCAGGAGGAGGAGCGGCUGCUACAGCGCGAAGAGCAGCUGCGGAGGGAGAAGAGGCACCUGCAGCGGGAAAGGCAGUAUCAAGAGGAGGACCUGCAGCAGGAGGAGGAGCGGCUGCAGCAGCAGGAGGAGCGGCUGCAGCAGGAAAGAAGGCGCCUGCAGCGCGGGAGGCAGUAUCAAGAGGAGGACCUGCAGCGGCUGCGCGAUGCAGAUCAGCGUAGGGAUCUGAAAUGGCAGUGGCAACCAGAGAACGAGAGGGAAGCUCGUAGGCGCAGGCUCUUCUCCAAACGCAGGGAGGAUGAAGAAAAGACCCGGCAGCUGGAAGAUCCUCUGGAGCAGGAGAGACGGUUGCGUCAGGAUCGGCGACCUCUUCGAGAGGAAGAGCAGCUGCAGAGAGAGCACCAAAGGGAAGCCAAAAGACGAGAUGAGAAGCUCCAGGAGGAAAAGCAGCUCCUGAGAGACUCGAGAAGACGACCCCAGGAGAGGGAUGAGAAGUUCCUCGAGGAGGAAAAGCAGCUGACGAAGGAGAGGGAAGAACAGAGGCGGCAUCAAGAACAAGAGAGACAAUUCCAGGAGGAGGAGGAGCUGCGCCGCCAAGAGCCUGAGAAAGGACUUCGGCAGGAGCGCGGCAGAAAACCCUGUGAGGAACAAGAGCUCCUCCCGCAGCGUGAGGCAGACCAACGUCGCCAGGAGCUGCGUGAGGAAGAGCAGCGCCGCCAGCAGCGUGACAGGAGAUUCAACCAGGAAGAGGAGCUUCGGCAGGAGCUGCGUGAGGAAGAGCAGCGCCGCCAGCAGCGUGACAGAAAAUUCCGCCAGGAAGAGGAGCUUCGGCAGGAGCUGCGUGAGGAAGAGCAGCGCCGCCAGCAGCGUGACAGGAGAUUCCGUCAGGAAGAGGAGCUGCGUGAGGAAGAGCAGCGCCGCCAGCAGCGUGACAGAAAAUUCCGUCAGGAAGAGGAGCUGCGUGAGGAAGAGCAGCGCCGCCAGCAGCGUGACAGGAGAUUCAACCAGGAAGAGGAGCUUCGGCAGGAGCUGCGUGAGGAAGAGCAGCGCCGCCAGCAGCGUGACAGGAGAUUCCGUCAGGAAGAGGAGCUUCGGCAGGAGCUGCGUGAGGAAGAGCAGCGCCGCCAGCAGCGUGACAGGAGAUUCAACCAGGAAGAGGAGCUUCGGCAGGAGCUGCGUGAGGAAGAGCAGCGCCGCCAGCAGCGUGACAGAAAAUUCCGUCAGGAAGAGGAGCUUCGCCAGGAGCUGCGUGAGGAAGAGCAGCGCCGCCAGCAGCGUGACAGAAAAUUCCGUCAGGAAGAGGAGCUUCGGCAGGAGCUGCGUGAGGAAGAGCAGCGCCGCCAGCAGCGUGACAGAAAAUUCCGCCAGGAAGAGGAGCUUCGGCAGGAACUGAGUGAGGAAGAGCAGCGCCGCCAGCAGCGUGACAGAAAAUUCCGUCAGGAAGAGGAGCUUCGCCAGGAGCUGCGUGAGGAAGAGCAGCGCCGCCAGCAGCGUGACAGGAGAUUCCGCCAGGAAGAGGAGCUUCGGCAGGAGCUGCGUGAGGAAGAGCAGCGCCGCCAGCAGCGUGACAGGAGAUUCCGUCAGGAAGAGGAGCUUCGGCAGGAGCUGCGUGAGGAAGAGCAGCGCCGCCAGCAGCGUGACAGGAGAUUCCGCCAGGAAGAGGAGCUUCGGCAGGAGCUGCGUGAGGAAGAGCAGCGCCGCCAGCAGCGUGACAGAAAAUUCCGUCAGGAAGAGGAGCUUCGGCAGGAGCUGCGUGAGGAAGAGCAGCGCCGCCAGCAGCGUGACAGAAAAUUCCGCCAGGAAGAGGAGCUUCGCCAGGAGCUGCGUGAGGACGAGCAGCUGAGACGCCAGGAGUUUGACAGAAAAUCCAGAGAGGAACGAGAGCUCCGUCGCAAACUGGAGGAAGAGCAGCUUCAGGACAGAAAGUUCCUUCGGGAGCAAGAGCUCAGGCGUGACAGAAAAUUCCGUGAAGCAGAGCGCCGUCAGGAACUCGAGGAAAAGCAGCUGCGAGAUCGAAAAUUGAGAGCAGAGGAACAGCUUCGCAGGGAGCGCGAGGAAGAGCGGAGGCGCGGACAAGAAUGUGACAGAAAAAUCCGUAGGGAACAAGAAUUCCGCCAGGAACUGGAGGAAGAACGGCCAAGGGAUAGAAAGGUCCGCAGGGAAGAAGACCUAAGGCGCGACAGAAAAUUCCAUGAGGAAGAAGAACGCCUCCAGGAACUCGAGGAAAAGCAGCUGCGAGACCGAAAGUUGAGGGUGGAUGAGCAGCUUCGCAGGGAGCGUGAGGAAGAAGAGCAUGGACAGGAAUGUGACAGAAAAUUCCGCAGGGAACAAGAAUUCCGCCAGGAACUGGAGGAAGAGCACCCAAGGGAUAGAAAGGUCCGCAGGGAACAAGAGCUCAGGCGUGACAGAAAACUCCGUGAAGAAGAGCGCCUCCAGGAACUGGAGGAAGCGCACCUGAGACGCCUGGAACGUGGCAGAAAAUUCCUUGAGGAAGAAGAGUGCCGUCAGGAGCGCGACCGGAGAUUCCGCCAAGAACCAGAGCUCCGGAAAGAACGCGAGGGGCAGCAGCGGCGCCUCCAGGAAUUCGAGGAAGAACAGCUUCGCUUUGAGGAGCAGCAGCGUAGACACCAGGAACUGGAGCAACAGCUUCGCAAAGAGCGAGACAGGAAAUUCCGGGAGGAGAAGCAGCUGCGCCAGGAACGUGAAGAACUGCAGUUGCGGAGGCAGAACCGAGAUGGUCAGUACCCGGCUGAGGAGCAGUUUGCCAGGGAUAAGAUUCGUCGUCAGGAACAAGAAAAACGUCAAGAGGAACAAAGACGCCGCCAAGAGCUGGAGAGAAAAUUCCAAGAAGAGCAGAUUCGUAGGCAGGCGGAGCAGAGGCGCCGCCAAAUCCUGGAGACUGGCACACGCCAGUUUGCCAAUGUCCCAGUGCGUUCCAGCCCUCUCUAUGAAUAUAUUCAAGAGCAGAGGUCUCAGUACCGCCCUUAAAGAAUGCUGCGGAAGUCCCGGCACCAGUCAAUAUUUGUUUUCUUUUUCAAGCAAAGGAAGAUGAGAAACACUGUGAUAGCUCACGUGUUUCUGGUUGUGGGAAAACUCUCUGGUCUUAGGAUGUCUUUUCCGGAAUCUUAAACUGUAUCUGUUUCAUUUCUUUCUAUUUCUGUCUUUCAUUCUGCCUCGGGUAGUUCUUCAUUGCAAGAUGUCUUUCUUCUUUAGUGCAGACUUUUAAAAAGAAGUCAUUUAAUUUUACAAAGGAAUUUUGUUUGAGAAGCACAUUGAUUUGUUGCCUUCAUAAACAAGAAUAAUGUAGCAAUUUGAUAUUCAAAAUAAUUGAGCCACUGUUUUUAGUAAAGCAUCUUGUUGGGAGCUCUCAUUUUGUAAGUUUAUAUUGACAUUUUCUUUGGCCAAAAUUCCAUUUGGAGGUAACCAAACAAUUUUCUCGAUUUUUGUUGCAUAAUUUUGACAGUCCUCAAGUAAUGGGAGGAGUUGACUUAUGCAGAAAAAUACCAUGUGAAAUCAGUUCAUAACUGAAAGAAAUAUUACCUAAGAGAAAGACUUGGACAGGAAAUUAGUUUUGGGCAUCAUAUUUUUAUACUUAGCACUACUUAAAAUUUCACGAAGCAAAAGCAAGGUGUUUCUCAAACAACUCAAAUUUAAAACUGCUUUAAUUUGAAGAGUUCUGUUCCAUUUCCCCAAGUUUUGUUGGGUUUGAGAAUGUUACUUUUGUACAUUUUGGUUUAGAGGGAACCUACUGAAGACCCUGUAAACAUCUGUCUUGUUUGGGUCCAGCAAGAGUUCACAGUGAUGAAAGAAGGAAAAGGGAAAGUAUAUGGAGAGAGAACAAAUUCUAGAGGUCUCUUGACUAGAUUUAUCAGCCCACAAUCAUUUGAGGCUUUAUAGUACCUUAAAGACAUUCUUGUUGAAAAAAAUUGGAAUAUAAAAUUUUCAAUAAAUGUUUGGCAAAUAA